AUGCGACGAAGAAGUGGAGCCUCUCCGCAAGUGACCGAUCUAAGACGUCGUCUAAGUUCGGCGUCCUCCACCACAACAAACACUCAAAAUAAGUCUCGAACACUUGGGCCUCGCCCUGUAUCGCCAGCCACCGGAGCCGAACAGUUGGCAUUCAACGUGAUCUUCUCGGGUGUAGAUGAAUUGCCCAAGACCCUACCACGUACAAGGUCCCGGCAACACAGCAGUUCUGGGUACGCCACUCCAAAUACCCUCACCGGCUACUCUGACGGAAACAAUUGGGACAACAGGUCUAUGGUCAGUGGGGUGAGUGUUGGUUCAGUGACAAGUAUCUACAGCGAAAGGGAGGAGAGUUUCACCCAUGGCAUCAUCAUCACCGGGGAGUUGAGUUUCUCCAUCGACUACGAUGACAAGAGCAGCUCGUUGCGGAUCUUCGUUAAACAGGCGCGCGAGGUGGCUGUGGCCGACAAGAAGACAAACAACUCGAGCACGUGA